GCUGAGUACUGAUUCUAGAGAGUUCCAUCCUCCUUCACUGAACCUGCCUCAUGAGCUCUGAACAUCAACUCUUGACUCCUCUCCCUCUUCACUCCAGAGCACUUUGUUAAAAGCUGUUUUAAAAUCAGUUUUGAAACAGACUUUUUGACUUUUUUUUUAAAAACAUUCUUUAAUUCAAGAGAUAGAAGAGCACCUGUUGUUUCUUUGUGUUGUCCUUCAUCCCUUGGCCGUCUCUCCCACUCCCCAACACUGUGGAUGAGGGUCGCAUGAAUCUCUCUCCUCCUGGACUGAAUUUAUCACCUGGCCUGUUCUCUGUCCUGUGAGAAUAGCCUCUGUUCCCUCUUCACAUCAUCUCUAAGAACUGACACGUACUGUUAAACCUAGGAGACACACACAAAAGUAGUUCAGGAUGGCUCUCAAUGUGCCAGGUCUGGUGGUGAUGGCAGCGUUCUACCUGCUGAUCUUGGGCACGGGCAUCUGGGCGUCCAUGCGCUCCAAGAGGGAGGAGAAGAAAUGCACUGGGGACGGCAUGGAGAUAACACUACUGGCCGGUCGCAACAUCAACUUGCUAGUCGGCAUCUUCACUCUUACUGCUACAUGGGUGGGUGGAGGUUUCAUCCUUGGUAUAGCUGAGGCAACAUACAACCCAACACUGGGUGCAGUGUGGGCUCUCAUGCCUGUGCCUUACGUCCUGACCUUCUUCUUAGGUGGCUUUUUCUUUGCCAAGCCCAUGAGGGAGAACAAGUACGUGACAAUGAUGGACCCCUUCCAGCAGAAGUAUGGGAACGUCCUGAGCAGUGCACUGAUCUUUCCUGCACUGGUGGCCGAUGUCCUGUGGGUGGCACGCACACUUGUCAGCCUGGGUGGAACUAUGAGUGUGAUCCUGGAUCUGUCCUACGUCUACUCCAUCAUCAUAUCCUCAGUGGUGGCCAUAAUCUACACACUGCUGGGGGGACUCUAUUCUGUGGCCUACACAGAUGUCAUCCAGCUCAUCCUCAUCUUUGUCAGCCUGUGGGUGUGUGUUCCUUUCCUGUUGACCAACCCUCACUCAGUGGACAUCUCACUGACAGCCUACAACCAGACCUUCCAGGCUCCCUGGGUCGGCAUGGUGGAGCUUGAUGAGGCUGGCAAGUGGUUUGACGACUUCAUGUUGCUGGCUCUCGGGGGGUUGGCCUACCAGGCAUUCUACCAAAGAAUCCUGUCCGCUUCAUCUUACACCCAAGCUCAAGUGACCUGCUUCGCCUCCUCAGCCUUCUGCCUGGUGCUGGGUAUCCCCUCUGUGCUGGUGGGAGCUGUGGCUGCAUCUACAGACUGGAACUCAACCAGCUAUGGAUUGCCCACCCCAUACGAGCGUGACCAGGCAGGCUCCAUCCUCCCCAUCGCCCUGCAGUACCUCACGCCUCCAUACAUCUCUGUCAUCGGCAUCGGAGCUGUAGCUGCUGCUGUCAUGUCCUCCAUGGACUCAGCUCUUCUGUCCUCUGCCUCAUUGUUCUCCUCAAACAUUUACAAGAACAUCAUCAGGAAGCAGGCAUCAGACCGUGAGAUGCAGUGGGUGAUCCGUAUCUCAGUGGUGGUGGUGGGUCUGGCUGGCACUGCCCUCACCUUCCUGGACAGCAGUGUCCUGGUCUUCUGGCUCGUGGGUGUGGACAUGUCUUACACAAUCAUGUUCCCUCAGCUAGUCUGCAUCCUCUUCUUCAAGGUGUCAAACGGGUAUGGAGCCACAGUGGGCUACAUGAUGGGAAUCAUCAUGAGGGUCCUGAGUGGCGAGCCCCUCAUUGGCCUGCCGCCCGCCAUCAAGUUCCCAGGUUGCCGGCUGGACGCAGAGGGAAAGCUAACCCAGUUCUUCCCCUUCCGCACCGCCAUCAUGAUCAUCUCACUUUUGUCCAUUCUGCUUUUCUCCUGGUUGACAUCCAUUAUUUUUAACAAGGGCCUGCUGUCCGAGAAGUGGGAUGUGUUUAAGAUCAAACGCAAGCAGAAACCGGCAGCCAGAGCCAUGGACGACAAGGGGACCAACCCUGACAACGAAGAAGCCUCUGCUGCCAAGCAGCUACUGGACACCACCAGCUGCUGAGGAGGCUCACAGAGAGGGAGAGAAGAUGGGCGCUGGCUGGAGGCAGACAUGUUUGUUUGUCUGCCAAGCAAGAGUUCACAGAGGGGAAACAACAGUAAAGAUGGGACAUUAAGUACAGAUUCUGUGCAGUGUCACAGUGAAUUUGUGGCGAUAACACAUCAUUAGCAGAGUGUGAUCUGAGGUCUCUGGUAUCCUACUUCAUCAGUUGUCUCAUUGUCUUCUACAGAGAAUACAGUAAAAAAAUAGGCUUCCUGGCUAGGUUACGUUAACAAACUAGACAGUAGCCAGAAUAGCAUAAGAUGAUUACAUAUAUGCAGGCCCAGAAUAAAAUGCCAGAGACUGUGCUGCAAUUUAUUUAAAUACUGUCAUACACUGCACUGUAAUAGAUGCAGUCCACACAAAAAAUCUGAGGUGAGUUUAACCAUCAUUUAAAUUAAUUUCCAUUAGAAAAAACAAGAUUUUAAGUUUAAAACUUCACAAUAAUACAACUUAUACCUCUUUUUCAGUAGAUACUCUUCAAUAAAGAUCAGACUUGUACAUUUGUACAGAUUUAUAUAAAUAUAUUUUUACAACCUCACUUUGACACAUUGAGACGUUGCCCAAAUACAGAGGAGGGCUCCUUUUUAACAGACCUGAAUUCAUUUCCUAAAAACCACCAUGCUGUGGCAACACUUUAUGUCAAAAAAGGCACAUGCACAAGAAAUGGAUUUCAUACCAAAGGAAGUCCAGCAUAAUGAUGAUGAAAUAGUUUACAGUCUUGGUAAACAUAAUCUGUCUAUACUAUCAGAUUUUUCUUUCAUAAGAAAGAGUGCAUCAGACUGUGUCACCCACCCUCUCAGAAAACAGGAAUGCAACAAGCCAUCUGCUCCGUCCUUUUACUGAAUGAUCAUUAAUCAGCUCGGCCCUGGCAUGGCCAGCAGGAAACAUGUCUCACGACUCAGCACUGUUACUUCAAAUGCACCUAACUUCUCUCUCAGCGUGAACUUCUGCAAGUGAUUUGAUAACAAGACAGGGCUCUCUUUCACACCAGAACAAAGAAAUGCUACCCAAAGAACAAAGAAUGAGUGCACACACUCCGCACUGUUCCACGGCGCAUUGGUGAAAGAUGUUUUAUUAUUUAACAGUUUAUUUGAAUGUGAUCUGAUUUCUGUCUUUCUCUAGCUGAUCUUCUGCCAUAUAUACAGCGAAAGUAAUUAUUCUCAGCUUGUUAGUUAAAAUGAGAUUUUUAACAUCUAAAUGCUAUAUAUAUAUAUAUACAUACAAAGAAUCAUUGCUUAUACAUCACUGUGAUUUUAUUUAAAUGAGUGCUGCUUUCUGAUCACCAAUCUGCUUAGCUAUGGUUUAUCAGAAAUUUUUCUUUAGCAGCAAUCCACACUUGGGACAAUGGUUUUGUAAAAAUUAAUCUGAGUGAAUGCAAGGAGAGGCAAAUGAGAGUUUGAGAUAUGUGUGAACAUAUCCAAUAUGCGAGGAAUUAUGGUUACAUGUAAAUUUUCACAGUGACACUUUUACCUCUCUCCCAAAUACUGCUCAGCAGAAAAGUUAGAUAAGAUAAGAUAUCUUUUUUUUUUUCUUUUACCACACUGUGACGUUCUAAACCACCCAGGUACGGAUGACUAAAGUGUUCCACCCUGUCGGACUGCUCUGAGUUGGGUUGCAGUGCAAUGCUGGUAGGCCUUGUUGUGCAAGCAAUAAUGAAAAUAACAAAUGGCAACCAAAAACACUUGGACGUGACACGAACACUAAUUCAGGCUUUUUAAACGCUCAGUAUUUUUUUUUUUUUAACUUUAAUGACUGUUUCAUUUUACCCAUUGUUGUGAAUAGCGGCAGGAAGAGACUAAACUGAAGAACUCGAUCUCCCAGCAUGCCACAGUUACUGUAAGCCCAUUCCCCUCAGCUGUAUUUCACUCAUAUGAUAGUUCAACUGAAUGUGGCAGCUUCCUACAGCUGCACCGAGAGAAAGAACACCAGACAUCUCCCUCAUUUUCCUCCUCCUCCUCACCCAUUCCUCCUCCUCGUUUUUCCUCACCGUCCAUCAGUGUGAGCCUUUCAGUUUGUCAGUGACUUUGUACUGUAUAGUUGUUGUGUUUUUUUGUUUGUUUGUUUUUAUUUGUUAUAUACUGUAUGCAAAGCUGUAGUUUACAGUGGGAUCAUUUCUUCCUCUUAGGUUUUGAGAAAGUUUGCAGCUAAGUUUCUGAUCAUUUAUAUUAAAGUUUCACAACAGUACAAAUUUUUACUCCCAUUUAAUGAUUAGAUUUUAUUAGAGGACAGACUGUUCAGUUGACCCUUGUGUUUUUUUAAUGUAUGUUUUGUUGUACUGAGCCUCUAUAAUAGUUUGUUGUGUGAAGAGAUUCCUGCUAAUGAGUGACAGAAAGCCUUCCUCUAUCAUACUGUUGCCUUUUAAUAUCACUGGAAACUGGUUUCACUCCGCUGUCAAAGAUUAUUUGCUGCACAUCGUAAAAUGGGUGUAUACUCUAGUCACUGUUCAAAUACCUCAUGGAGUGGUAACGUUGUCUUUAGGUAUACAAAACUUUAACCUAUGAUUCUGACUUCUGUCCUAUCGAAUGAAUGUUGUUUUCCAAAGACUGAUCGCACAGAACAAACUGUGUCUCAAAACAAGACGCAUGCAGAACACAACGCAUGCAUCUUUUUGUAUGUGUGAUUGUGAUUUCUACCUGUAUUAUACUCUUGUACUGUACAGUCUGAUCAUGAUUUGUAUAUUUACACUUUAUUUUUUAUCAAAGUUGAUUGCUAUGCGUUGAGUAGAAAAAAAAAACACAAAAGUAUUUUAUCUCAAGUUAGCAACGUUUAAAGUUUAAAUAAAUUCAUCUUCGAUUUUGCAGAACAUUCAUUGUAUCACAUGUUUAAAUCACCAGGUGGCAGUUCAUGUGUUGUCAGCUGUGAUUCUGAACAUGUGUGUUGCAGACAUAUCAGAGGAAAAACAUGUUACAUACCUAUGAUUGAAAAUAAUAGCUAUUUAAAAUGAACACUCCUGCCGCUCCACCCCAACCGCACCUCCAAAAAAAAAAAAAAAAAAAAAAAAAAAAUCAGAUAAUGUCUCCAGACAUGAUUUGAUGGAAUUUAAUGGUUGACAGCAAGCCGUCCACAAUAUAAUGAAAGAUGGCAACGCUUUAAUAAUGGAGCACAAGUAUAUUAUGUCUGUGCAAUUGUAGUUACAUUUUGAGCAAAAAUGUUUUAUUUUCCAUGUUGGGUUAGUGAGACAUCUAUUAAAGUACUGGACAGUUGUGCUAGUUUUAUAAUAUAAAGUAGGUAGUGAAUUCUACAUUGUAUUUUCCCCUAAUAUAUAUUUGGUUUUAUACUAUUAUGCAUGUUGAUUUGUCAUUAACUGUGUUGUUUGUAUACUGAACUUUCGUGAAGGCUGUUCUCUCUUGCCACUUGGCAAGGUCCUACUUUGUAAUCAAGUAAUGUCAAUCCCCAUGGGGUGAUGUUCUGUCAGAAUAAAAGCUGAAACUAAAUGUC